GUCCUGGCGGAGGGCAUUGCGUAAAGAGCACGUCACAGGGUCACGUUAGAACAGCUUCCGGUGUAGCAGGGUCAGGCAGCAGGCAGCGGUAGAGCUGGUGAAGACUUCAACAUGCUGUUACGGAGUUUAUUGAACAUCGGGGGUCUAACUCUGAAACACAGCAGAGCCGUCCAUCACAGUCCAGUAUGGAGGAGUCCUCUCAUACCUAUAGUUGUGGAGCAGACGGGGAGAGGAGAACGGGCGUACGACAUCUACUCUCGUCUCCUAAGAGAAAGAAUCAUCUGUGUGAUGGGUCCUAUUGAUGACAACGUAGCCAGUCUGGUGAUAGCCCAGCUGCUCUUCCUACAGUCAGAGAGCAACAACAAGCCCAUCCACAUGUACAUCAACAGUCCUGGCGGCGUGGUGACGGCAGGCCUGGCCAUCUAUGACACUAUGCAGUAUAUCCUUAAUCCAAUCUCCACCUGGUGUGUUGGCCAGGCAGCCAGCAUGGGCAGCUUGCUCCUGGCAGCAGGUACCUCUGGCAUGAGGCAUUCACUGCCCAACGCACGCAUCAUGGUGCACCAGCCUUCAGGGGGUGCCAGGGGCCAGGCCACAGACAUCGCCAUCCAGGCGGAGGAAAUUCUGAAGCUAAAGAGGCAGAUCAACCACAUCUAUGCCAAGCACACAGGACAGCCUCUGGAGACCAUAGAGGGUGUGAUGGAAAGAGAUCGCUACAUGAGUCCCAUGGAGGCUCAGGACUUUGGCAUCAUUGACCGGGUCCUGGUCCAUCCACCCCAGGCAGGCCAGGAUGAGCCAGAGUUGGUCCAGAAAGAACCAGCAGCAGCAGCAGCAGCAAAUCCCGCCCCACAGACAGAGUCUGGAGCCCCGGAUCAGGUCUCCAACGGCACUAAUGCCCCCUCCUCAUACAAACCAGAACCUUGAACUCUGCACCAGCCUGAUCUGCCAUGUGACGGCUGCUCCGUAGGAUUCGGUGCCUGGCGGCUUCUGAGAGCAAAGCCCAGCUUCUCGUCUUUUCUUUACUAGGUCUCUGUUCUCCACAAUCAGCAGCCUAAACACAACGUGUGGGCAGAGUAGCUCAGGCACAUACUGUUACAGAAGCAGAAUUUCAUUCCUUCAGUGCACACAAUAAGUCCUGGAGAAUCCUGGCUGACUGUUGGCCCCAGCAGUCACCUUUAUCCUCCUCACAGUCUGGUCAUCAGCACUGGCCGCAUCAUGAUGUUUUUGAAAGGGAAGAAAACGGAGCUCCCUGAAGUUUAUGUAAUGUUCACAUAGACCGCUGCCGAAAAGACCUUCAGGAGGGGAGUUCUUUCUUAUGCAGAUUUCUAAUAAAGACAAUUAGUUUGAC